CGGAGAGGGAGCGGGCGGCUGGAGCUGGGCGGGCGCGGGGCGAGGCCAGGCGUGCAGCAGGCUGGAGCAGUGUGCAGAGCCGCGGCUGGGUCCUGCUCCCGCCUCGGAGCCCCUGGCCCGGGGGAGGGGGAGAGGCCGCUAGCCCGGUCUAUGUCUUUUUCUGACUCCAGUGCAACCUUCCUGCUGAACGAGGGUUCAGCCGACUCCUACACCAGCCGCCCCUCUCUGGACUCAGACGUCUCCCUGGAGGAGGACCGGGAGAGUGCCAGGCGAGAAGUGGAGAGUCAGGCCCAGCAGCAGCUGGAGAGAGCCAAGCACAAACCUGUGGCAUUUGCUGUGAGGACCAAUGUCAGCUACUGUGGGGUGUUGGAUGAGGAGUGUCCAGUCCAGGGCUCUGGAGUCAACUUUGAGGCCAAAGAUUUCCUGCACAUUAAAGAGAAGUACAGUAAUGACUGGUGGAUCGGGAGGCUAGUGAAAGAGGGCGGAGACAUCGCCUUCAUCCCCAGCCCCCAGCGCCUGGAGAGCAUCCGACUCAAACAGGAACAGAAGGCCAGGAGAUCGGGGAACCCUUCCAGCCUGAGUGACAUUGGCAACAGACGCUCUCCUCCUCCAUCUCUAGCCAAGCAGAAGCAAAAGCAGGCAGAACAUGUUCCCCCAUACGAUGUGGUGCCCUCCAUGCGGCCUGUGGUGCUGGUGGGACCCUCUCUGAAAGGUUAUGAGGUCACAGACAUGAUGCAGAAGGCUCUCUUCGACUUCCUAAAACACAGGUUUGAUGGCAGGAUCUCCAUCACGAGAGUCACAGCUGACCUCUCCCUGGCCAAGCGGUCUGUGCUCAACAACCCUGGCAAGAGGACCAUCAUUGAGCGCUCCUCCGCCCGCUCCAGCAUUGCUGAAGUGCAGAGUGAGAUUGAGCGCAUAUUCGAGCUGGCCAAAUCCCUGCAGCUGGUGGUGUUGGAUGCUGAUACCAUCAACCACCCAGCCCAGCUGGCCAAGACCUCGCUGGCCCCCAUCAUCGUCUUUGUCAAAGUAUCCUCACCGAAGGUACUUCAACGACUCAUCCGCUCCCGGGGGAAGUCACAGAUGAAGCACCUGACUGUACAGAUGAUGGCCUACGAUAAGCUGGUUCAGUGCCCGCCAGAGUCGUUUGAUGUGAUUCUGGAUGAGAACCAGCUGGAGGACGCCUGUGAGCACCUGGCUGAAUACCUGGAGGUUUAUUGGCGAGCUACCCACCAUCCAGCACCUGGCCCUGGACUUCUGGGUCCUCCCAGUGCCAUCCCUGGACUUCAGAGUCAGCAGCUGCUGGGGGAGCGAGGUGAGGAGCAUUCACCCCUGGAGCGGGACAGCUUGAUGCCCUCAGAUGAGGCCAGCGAGAGCUCCCGCCAGGCCUGGACCGGCUCUUCACAGCGCAGCUCCCGCCAUCUGGAGGAGGACUAUGCAGAUGCCUACCAGGACCUGUAUCAGCCUCACCGCCAACACACCUCGGGGCUGCCCAGUGCUAAUGGGCAUGACCCCCAAGACCGGCUCCUAGCCCAGGACUCGGAGCAUGACCACAAUGACCGGAACUGGCAGCGUAACCGGCCCUGGCCUAAGGACAGCUACUGACCACCUCCUGCCCUACCCUGGCAGGCACAGGCACAGCGGCUGGGGUGCCCACCUCAGGCAGGUUGGAGUUAGACUGGCAUCAGGCUGCCUCUAGGUUCAGCUCUCACAACCCCCUGCCCAGCCCCUGGUCCAGGGCUGACUGUGGUCCCAAGGUUCUGGGAGAAGCCAGGGGCCCCCUCACCUCCUGGGCACAGUGACCCCGUAGGUUCUCAUCCCAGGUACUAAGCUGUGUCCUGCACCCUUGGCACCUUCCUCACCUGCACAAGAAGCUGCCCACGUGGGCGAUGAUCUCAGGCCAGGAUCACUUAGCAGGGGACUUCCAACCGGAGUGGAUGCCCCUCUAAUAACGAGGGUAGGAGUAUGGGCGGUACAGCCUAAGUCCUAACAAAGCACUCCGUUGUGCUUUGGGGUCCAAGGGCCUCCACUCACCUCACUGCCACACAUCAGAAAUGAAAGCAUCAGAGCUCCGCACGGUGGCUCCUCUCUACCGUCAGCUGGGGUGGGCAUUGACACCUAGGACAGGCGCGGUGCCGGUGAGGCUGGACAGACAGCUCACAGCAGACGCUCCGGUAGGAAAGGGCCCUCCUCUCCAAACCAGGAAGCUUAGCAUCUGGCAGGACUAGGGAACUGGAGCGUGGUGAAGCAGAAGCCGGCCUGGACUGCGGGGGAGGAGGAGCAGCUUCCGGCCCCCUUGCCUUUCUCACUCUUUCGCCCCUGCAUCUGUCAUUUCUGUUCCUUCCCUCCAUGCCUCCUGCAAGACCAGGGCUCCCUGACUCAGCUGCGCUUGUUAAGUUAGGGUUAGAUGAGGACAUUAGGACCCGGGGGAUGGCCCCCAGAGGCUGGCCACCUGGCUACCCUUGCCUUACGGCUCUAGCGUGUGACCUACAGAGCAUGCUCCGUUGAGAACCUGCCCCACCUCAUUGUCAUCUCCAAUAAAACACCAUGCACAGUC